UAUUAUUUGGCGACAAUCGAGCCACAGUCACACUGUCGACCGACCAUAUGAUUUUGUGCCGAACGUCUAUCCAAAUGUUGUUACCUAAACACGAGAACAUACCCAUAUUGCGACUCUGGCAAUAAACUAAAACUGCAUAAAAUAGGAGUCACAGAGCCCGAAAUUCGACCGACAACGAAUGGUCUGAUCAAUUUGUAGCCGACAAAAAGUUGUGGAGAGAAACCAAGCGAUCUGGUUAAUGAAGUAUACAUAAUUCCUUGUCAGCGAGCUAGCUAAAAUGAUGCGAAAUUUUGGAAUGUUAUCAAUAAGAAGGAGCCACUGGUUGGCAACCAGGUGCAUAAGGGAGCGUGCAUUGGCUUGCGCCACGCGACUGCACGUGCCUGAGGCGGCAGGUUGUGAGCACAGCUUGUUUAAUUGCCAUCGAGUGGACAGCAGCAUUAAACAUAGCCGAAGUUUUCACGAAAACGCCAAUGCGGUCAGUACAAACGACACCGGCAACAUCCCGAAAGAAAACGAGAGGAAACCUGAAGACCUAGACCGGGCCUACGAAGUGCUGAGGAAAACCCUGCCCAAGUUGUUUGUGGAGCCACUCGACUAUUCUAUAUACAGCCCGGGCCUAAUCUUUCAGAACAACAUCACAGGCAAGCACACUGUCGGACUGUACCACUACGUGAAACAGAUUGCCAUUCUGAGGACAGUGGGGCACCUGAAGUACGCCUACGUUAAAUUCGAAGUACUCAAAAUCACAAAACAUCCCGAUGAUUACACGGUGCGCAUACGGUGGCGGGUCAGAGGUAUAUCCGGCCUGAAGGUGAUGUUCCAGUUCUGGAAGUACAAGAUAUGGCAGUUAAAGGAAGUGCUCAAGGACCAGGAGGCGUGGUACGAUGGUUAUUCCGUCUGUUAUCUGGGCGACGAUGGUCUGAUUGCCAAGCAUGUUGUUGACAAAGUGAUGCCGGACGAGAGUCGGGAAUCGGUGGAAAAUGCUUCUGCAGCAGCGCUUCCGCCUGGAUCCUUGGCGGCGACCACUUCUCAGAAGAUGAACUGCCAAUGAAGUCAUAACUAGCUUUACAAAUGUUACUUAUUUAUUGUAUUACUAAACGUAAUAAACAGAAACUGUGAAAUCCG